UCCUAUUUAAAAGGAAACAUGGGUUUUGUAUGUUUUCCAGUAACAUCAAAUUCAACUAUUUUAUAAUUUGUAUGGCAACACGCUCCCUGUGUUGUGUGUGACACUGUCACUCACUCUGCAAGUAAGGGGCAUCUUCAUCAUCACCAUGGGAACGACAACAACUCCCCUUUCGCACACAGUUAGCGUCUUCAACAUUCCUCGCUCCGCCACCGCCAAGGACCUUCUCCACUUCCUCGAAUCCAAGGUGGGUACUUCUACCGUCUUCGCCCUCGAAAUCUUCUCCGACAACGCCAACUGGAAGUCCCGCGGCGCCGGCCGCGUCCAGUUCGAGACCCUCGACGCUAAGUCCCGCGCCCUAUCUCUCUCCAACCUUCAACAACUGCUCAUCCACUCCCACUUCCUCCGCCUCUCCGAUACCUCCGAAGACAUCAUCUUCCGCCCCCUCCACCGCCUUCAAAAUGGUGUCCUCUACGCCGGCAUCAUGCUCUCCGACCACCGCAUGAGCGUUCUCGACUCCUGGGAGGGCGUUGCGGGGUUGGUAGUGGCCCAAAGGAGGAAGCUUGACUUCUUGGUGUGGCAUGGUGGCGACUGUUACCGACUCGAGAUUUUUUUUGAGGAUAUUUUGGAGUCUCAUGGCUAUUGUUUGGGAGAAGAAGCCAAACUCAAUGCCAUUCUCUUGAAGCUUAAAUUUGGGCCAAGGAUUUACAAGAAAAAGACUGGGCCAGAUGUGGCAACCACGUUUAAGAGUGAUAGGUACCAUUUUUGUAAGGAGGAUUCUGAGUUUCUUUGGGUGCGGACGACUGACUUUUCGGCUCUGAAGUCAAUUGGGCACUCUACUUCAUUUUGUUGGGAAAUUGAGGAAGAACAUUUGGCUUCGGAUGUUUUUACAAGUUUCCCGCUCUACAAGGAAAAUAUGACAGAUUUGGCUCUGGAGGAUGGGGAAGAAUUCUGUUCUUCUACGGAAGCAGUUCCUCUUGUAAAGUGUGCUUCGCAAUCCAAGUUACCUUACGAGGCCCUUUUCCAGUUGAAUUCUCUUGUUCAUACUCAGAAAAUUAGUCUUGCUUCGGUGGAUGAUGAAUUGAUUGACCUUUUGGGAGGCUUAGAUGAAGAAAUUAGAGCUGUGAUUUUUCAGAAAUUGCACCAGAUGGGCUUCACUUGUUAUGAGCCUCUUAAAUUCGUGAAGACUCAGUUGCAUGUGCUGAGUAAUAAGAAAAAAAGUCCACCACAAUCUUCACAGAAAAGAUUGACAGAUAAUAACAUUAUGAGCUGUCAUAGAGCCUUGAUUACCCCAACGAAGAUUUAUUGCCUUGGUCCUGAGCUUGAAACGUCAAACCAUGUGGUAAAGCAUUUUGCAUCCUAUGCUUCAGACUUCAUGAGGAUUACCUUUGUUGAAGAGAAUUGGAAUAAGCUUCCAAAUUAUGCAGUAUCGACUGGUGUGCAAAAGGGAAUAUUUUCAAAGCCUUCUAAAACUGAAAUAUAUAAUCGAAUAUUGACUAUUCUUCGAGAUGGGAUUUUUAUUGGAUCAAAGAGAUUUGAGUUCCUGGCCUUCUCUGCUAGUCAGCUUCGAUCAAAUUCUGUUUGGUUAUUUGCUUCUAAUGACAAUUUGAAAGCAACAGAUAUCAGAGAAUGGAUGGGAUGCUUCAACAAUAUCCGCAGUGUUUCUAAAUGUGCAGCGAGGAUGGGUCAGUUGUUCAGUUCUUCCAUGCAAACUUUUGAAGUGUCCCCUCAAGAUGUUGAGAUAAUUCCAGAUAUUGAAGUUACCACUGAUGGUGUAAGCUAUUGUUUCUCAGAUGGUAUCGGAAAAAUUUCCCAAUCUUUUGCUAGGCAAGUUGCUCAAAAGCUCAAGUUAGAUCAUAGUCCUUCAGCAUUUCAAAUUCGGUUUGGAGGAUUUAAAGGUGUCAUUACUGUUGAUCGCCAUUCCUUUAGGAAGUUAUCAUUGCGCAGAAGCAUGCUGAAGUUUGAAUCCAAAAAUAGGAUGCUUUGUGUCACUAAAUGGANAAAUAAAUAA